AUAUGCUCCCCACUGCAUGCUAGAAGGUGGAGACUGGACAUGCAGAGGGUACCUAAUUAAAAGCACUAAACUUGGGAAUAAAAAAUGUCAGUCACAGGUUUUUUUAUGUACCCUGAAGUUUGUACAUUCACUCAAAAUGUUCAGUCUCCAGUGACCUUCUUAUAUACAUGACAAAAUGGUAAAGGAAAUACUGGUCUGUUGAGUGAUGAAUCUCACCAUCCUCCAGCAUGGCUAAGAAACCUCUCAGCAAAGUUGCUUGGGGACAAUAAAAUAAAUAGUUAAAUAUAUUCCUUAUUAUUUUGAGCUUUUAUCCCAUACUUUGUAAGCUUCCAGUAUUUACAGAAGCUGAUAGUAAUUAAUUCUCCCUCAGAGCUGGUGCCAUGCGUUAGUUCAGAUCUGGCUCAGUUGUUCUGGGCAGUGUGUUAAAUCCUAGUCAGAUGAGAAGCUCAGUGCUUCCUACUUGUGCCUGAAGGGCCAGCAGAUUAAAGAGUUGUGUUUAGGGACAAGGUCUUCUGGUUUCACACACUGUUUAAUUUUAUUAACUCCACUCUUCAAUCUAUAAUCAAUGGAAUGCAGUAAGCAAACUAUUACAGGAUCAUGGACAGUGGGAGACUUGACAGCAAAUCACAAGCUUGUUAAAGUUUGCAAGGGAAAUCUAAUCCAGCCUAAUACUAAGAAUGGAGUGCCAGCUUCUGCUGAAAGGUCCUAGAAGCCCCAGCAAGCUGCCCAGCUGGACACUGUUUCUGGCUGUUUGUGCUGUCGGAAUUGGAGGGACAUUUCAAUAUGGAUAUAAUGUUUCCAUUAUCAAUGCACCCACUGUGCACAUCCACAAAUUCCUAAAUGAAACUUGGAGCAGUCGCUAUCAGACAGAACUGAAUCCAAGCUUGCUGACUCUCCUCUGGUCUGUCAUUGCUUCCAUAUUUUCCCUUGGAGGUCUGUGUGGAGCUCACAUUGGAGGCAGCGUGGCGAUUAGACUAGGCAGAAAAGGAGCUCUUCUGGUGAACAAUUUCAUAGCGAUACUGGCCUCCAUUUUAAUGGGGAUCAGUUUUCCAACAGGAUUGUUUGAGUUAUUGAUGGUUGGCAGGUUUUUGAUUGGCGUAAACACAGGUAUUGGCAUCUGUGUGCAACCACUCUAUAUAGGGGAGGUUGCCCCAAAACAUCUCCGAGGUGCUAUGGCCAUGGGCAGUUCCAUAUUUUUGACUGGAGGAAUUCUGACAGGACAAAUAAUUGGUCUAAGGGAAUUACUUGGUGGAGAAAAGUAUUGGCCUUUCUUGCUCUCCAGCAGCUGUUUCCCUGCAUUAGCCCAACUAUUCUUUCUCCCUUGGUUUCCUGAAAGUCCCAGGUAUCUUCUUAUUGACAGAGGGGAUGAGAUGAAAUGCACCAAGGCUUUGAAGCGUUUUCAUGGGCCCUUGCACUAUCACGAGGAGAUGGAAGAUAUAGAGAGAGAACGUUUUGCCUUAAACGGGGAGAAACCCAAGAAACCAUGGCAACUAUUUGGUGAUCGCAGUGUAAAGUGGCAGCUCAUUACGGUGAUUGUGAUGACUAUGGGCCAGCAGCUCAGUGGGAUAAAUGCUAUUUACUUCUAUGCAAGUUACAUUUUUAAACAAGCUGGGAUCCCUGCAGAAAAAAUUCCAUACGUUACUCUGGGCACGGGAGCUUGUGAAUGCCUUACAGCCCUCACUUGCGGUUUGCUGAUUGACUACAUGGGAAGAAGACUGCUCAUCAUUGGAGGAUACACCCUGAUGAGCUUUUGGUGCAUAGUGUUAACAUUCUCCCUGACGUAUCAGGAGCUGUACCCCUGGGUGCCUUAUUUGAGCAUGGCAUCUAUAUUUGCUUUCAUCCUGAGCUUUGGGUUAGGUCCAGGUGGUAUAACAAAUACAUUGACUGCUGAAUUAUUUACCCAGUCUUCACGUCCUGCUGCUUACAUGAUAGGAGGAUCUGUUAGUUGGCUGAGUUUCUUCACAAUAGGAAUGCUCUUCCCCUUUAUAGUGAAUGGACUGAAGCAGUAUUGCUUUGUGGUGUUUUUACUGGAAAGCUUAUUGGUUGCCAGUUUCCUCUUCUUUGUCAUUCCUGAGACAAAAAACAAAUCUUUUCUGGAAAUCAAACAAGAAUUUCAACACCUUAAUUUCAGAGGAAGAAUCAAAGAGAAGGAAGCAGAACUAUAAUGUGAAAGAAGGCAGCUCUGCAAUUAAUUUCAGAGUGCACUUCACAUCUCACAGGUGUAAGGCAGCCACAUUAAUGGAAAUUAUACACAUAUGAUCCCAUAUAGUAUAUAAAAAUGUUAAGAACUGUAUUCAAAGGCAGCUUAUUAUAUCAUUAGGUGAAACUUAUUUAAAAGGUAGACUAAUCUUGCUGGAAUGUCAAAAUACUGUAUUUUAUGUACACAUACAGUAGUGCCUACGAAAAAGACUCAAUUCAAUAAAAAUGUUGAGACAUUUGGCUAAUGUACACAUGCAGAAACAGUGCUGAUUACCUGCUCUCAUGGGAGUACAGACUUCAUUGGGGGAUUGCUCCAAACAUUCAAUGUGAAUCCAUGGCAUGCCUCAUACUCUCACCAUAUCAGGUGUCAAUAUGAAGAAUUUAGGAGACAGCGAUGGGGUUGGAGCAUCACUUCUUGAAAUAA